AUCUAUUCAAAAAAAAAAAAAAAUCAGUCCAACCAGUUCCAGGGGCUGUUUAAACUUGCAGUGAGGCGCGAUAUUUUCACCAUGUUGAAGACUCAUGAGUAUGAGUAUGACUUUGAGGACAAACGGUUUAUUAAUUGGCUAAUCAUAGCAGUCAUGAGGGUGUUAUCAAGAAUAUGUGAUAAAGGUUUCUUGAAAAAAAUGUUUAUAUUACAAAUUCUGCUGGUUAUCUUAUUUGUAAUGAACAGAAUGUCACAAACAGUUGAAUCUACCAAUGGUGUAAAAAAUUCUAUGCAAAGGUCAAGUGUUAAACUUACACAUGCCUUUUUGAAAUCAAUAGAUUUAAUUCGAAAUGAUUGUGGUGAACUUUGCAACACAUCUAGAAAAGGUGAACCAGGUCCUUACUUUGACCAUGUUACGGCAAAUAUUAAUUGUGAAGCACUAUUUAGAAACGAAUACAUAGACAGCGGUCAUGGAUUGGCACGUGCGCCAAAUGAAAUUCCAAAAGAACUUAUGGAUGAUUACACAAUGAAUGGCAGAGUUGGUAUAAAGAAAUGGUAUUUUGAUGAACAGUAUCUAGGCAAAAAAGCAUUCACACCAGUGUGGACGGAGGAAAUGAUAGAGAAAAACAUCAAAGAAGCAAAAGCGCAAAAACUAUUCAGUCCGUACGGUCUUGCCGAAAUAAAUGCUUUGCGGGACGGGUUGAAGCAUGCACCUGGAAUUCAAAAUGGACGAGUUCUUGUUAUAGGUUCCGAACGGCCUUGGGCAGAAGCAUGUGUGUUAGAAGCAGGGGCACGUGAAAUCCUGACUUUGGAGUAUGGAAAAAUAAUUUCUACGCAUCCUAAAGUAAAAACAAUCGUUCCGUUUGAUUUCCGAAUGCGGUAUCUUAAUAACACUUUGGGAGAGUUCGAUGCAGUCGUUACAUUUAGCUCAGUUGAACAUUCUGGUCUGGGUAGAUACGGUGACGCCCUCAAUCCAUGGGGAGACAUUAUUGCAAUAGCAAGAGCUUGGUGCGUUACAAAACCUAAAGGAUCCCUAACAUUAGGUGUUGAAUAUAAAUAUGAAGGCGAAUACAUAGCAUUUAAUGCACAUCGUUAUUAUGGUAAAAUACGGUAUCCAUAUUUAACAACAAACUGGAAACAAUACUAUAAAGGGAUAGGAACACAACUGGUUCAUGUUUUUGUUAAAUGAAUAUUGUCAGAUAUGCAUUCAUGUACAUCUUAGCUAAUCGAACCCAUUGCAUAAUAAGCAGUUAUUAUUUUGCAUCCAUGAUUGUAAUUUUUUUUCAAAGGAUCUGCGCAUGCUCUAAUAUAACUUAAUGGAUUCCAGUCAAACUGUGCCUUACUUAUCCUUAAUACAAACAUCAAUCUUAAUAAUAUGAAGGCGAACAUACAUAGCAUUUAAUGCACGUCGUUAUUAUGGUAAAAUACGGUAUCCAUAUUUAAUAACAAAUUGGAAACAAUACUAUAAAGGGAUAGGAAUACAUCUUGUUCAUGUUUUUGUUAAAUGAAUAUUGUCAGAUAUGCAUUCAUGUACAUCUAAGCUCAUCGAACCCAUUGCAUAAUAAGCAGUCAUCAUUUUG